CAUUUUUCAGCCUGGAAUUCAAAACMCCCCAUUCAAGCCACAACGAGAACACAAUUUACAAAGAAAACAUCACAGUGCUUUUUAUCACACACUUUAUUACUACUACUUCAACUGCUUUCUAGAUAAAACGUUAUGGUUAAUUCAAAGAAGAAGAUCUACGACGAUUGCAUCGGAGACACAGUAUCAGAGGGAGAUACAUCCGACGAGGAAUGCAACACAGUAGGAGAUAGAAGAAAAGGCUUAGAAGUUCCACACGGAAAUGCUGAUGAUACUUCCAAACGUAGCCAGAAAAGAAUAGGAAGAAGGAUAAUAUGGAUAAUUACAGCUUUUGCCAUCGUUUCAGCUGCUAUAUUCGGAGGUAUCUAUUUCUCGAAGAUGUCCAAAAAGUCACCUCUGGUUUCUCAGAGCAGUGAAGAUAACAAUUCCUCUGUAUCAGAAGCCGACUUCGAACAUCCUUUGACAACAGAAACAGCAGAUAAGCAAGAACAAGCGACGAUAAACGAAGACGAGACGUCUACAAUGAACCAAGAAGAAUCAGAAACUGCACCCGAAUCUAACUUCGGUGGAGAAAAAAGCAACAUCGGAAUGUUGGAAGAUUUUUUAGACUACGCCGUUGAGAACGACAAUAGACCAGAUAAGAAGGCCAAGGACAAGGAAGAAAAAGAGGAAGGUAGCCAACCAAUGCAGUGGCCAGAUCUCGUGGGGAUGAAUGGCGACGACGCCAAGGCAGAGCUGGAGCGUCGUUACGGGAAGAAGACCUACAAGAUUGUUGUGAUGAACUACAACAGCCCUACUACGAGAGACUAUCGGUUAGAUCGAAUACGAAUUUUCACCGACGAUGCCGGGGUAGUCAUGAAGGUGCCGCGAAUCGGUUAGGGAGGGAACGACAAAUAAAACUAUGUCUACAACUUCGUAUGAGACAUUGGAAGUGUCUGAGGUCUACUUAAAGUUCAAACUACGAAGAAAAAUUUGUUUUGCAAUGUGAACACGACAUCACUCAAACAAUUUUGACAAAAUAUAUAGCACUUAAUGUUAAUGAAAACAGCAUAUCUUAAGUUUAAUACACAACUUCAAUAAUU